AUGGCUGGGGAGCUUGAAAAGUCGCGGCGUCUCUACCAAACGCUGCUGCUUCCAGACUUCAGCAGCGUUGAGGAGGUGCGGCAGGCGUACAAGUCGUUGGCCCUCAAGUACCACCCGGACAAAAAUCUCGCGGACCCGUCAGCGGCGGAGAAAUUUCGUGACGUUCGUGUGGCAUAUGAAAUACUCUCAAGUGCGGAACGCAAGCAAAAAUAUGACUGCGCCCUGCGCAUGUAUCAGCCACUGGGCGCCAACUCCUUCACCCCGGGAAUGCGCACACCAAGGGCUGGAGGCCCCGCCGAUGUUGGGUAUAACCCUUACAUGCCGACUGGAAACGCAACGAGUAACAUCUACGAGGAGCUGAAUUCGUACGCGACACGAAGGGCGGGAAAGUAUCAUCGCCGCUCCUCUUCCGCCGCCUCCCCACGGGAGGACCGCGCCUCGCAGUACACAAAGGAGCAGCAGGAGUUCUUUAAAAAGCGGGAGAAGGAACAUAGGGCGGAGCUGCGCAAACGGCUGGCGCAAGAACGACGAGAACAAAUUGCGCGAGACUUAGAGGCUUUGCGUCGCGAACGGGAAAGGCGUGAAGAGACGCAACAGCGUUCGCGACUGCCCCGGGCAGGGAAUGAAAACCGUCGGACAUGUGCAUCCGCCGGCUGUCGACGAGCGUCGCCUUACGCCCGCGUCCCCAUGGAAAACUUGCCGCAGGGAGGGGCAAACAGAGAGACCCCCAGGGUCUUUUCUGCCCGUGACACUCAUCCGCCUGGAGGCUUUCCGGACGUGCUGCGCCCCCUCCAGUCACCGCGCCCGCCACGUCAGUUGUUUGACGCGGAUGCUGAGCGAGCUGAGCGUAUGCGUCGCGAGAAGGAGCGACAAGCCGAAGUGCGGCGGACGGAGCAAGAAAAGUAUCUGGAACGAUUGAUUAGACAACGCAUGCGGGAAGCACGCAUGCGGGAGCGGGAAUUGGAGGAGGCGGAACGACAGGAGCGAGAAAAUCAACGGCGGGUGUUGUUUUCUGAUGAGAGAAGUGUUCGAGAGCAAGUUGUUGAACCGCAGGAGCAACUCGGGCGUCGAAGACUGUGGCGGGAGUACAAAUUACAACUACGAUGGUGUUUGUUUCAGUUGCAUCUCCGUAAUACCUCAGAAAAGGAGGCAGCUGAUAGAAGUUUGAUUCAGUCCCUGGAAGCGGAACAUUUUGAGUUGUUACGUCUACAAUGGAGGGAAUCCUGCGGUCGUACGGGGUGCCAAACGGACGAGGAUUUGGCGUGGAAAUAUUUACUGCUAGAUCACGCGAGAAUGCAAAAGACAAUAUUUAUGCAGGAGCAAAGCAAUGUUAUAUCUACACAGUCUAUGGAAUUUGAGGCAGUUCUUUCCGCAGAGGCCAUGGCAUUUGCUAUUCUUGAGGUACAACGACGGGAAAAUGAGGAUCGACUCCAGCUGGUUAAGGAGUCUCUUGAUGGCUAUCUUGUGUAUUAUAGCAACCGUCACAAAUUGACGGAGCAGGAAUUGAUGAAGAGCGCGUUGAUUGAUGAAAGAGCCGUUGUCAUUCAUGACGAGGGGUUGUCGCGUGCCUUGUUGUUGACUCUCAUGCAGGAGUGGAGAGGACGUUGUGGCUUACGGCAAGACGAGGAUGAUGAAUUUCUCGUGCUUAUCCAACAACGCGCAUCUGAGCGGCACUUGCGACAUCUCAGGGAGGUGGAGCAGGCGCGACUAUCGGAGCGGCAGGCACAAGAGGCCACUGUUGCGGCGUUACGCGCCGAAGUUCGGCGUUUGCAGCAGGCUAUGCGUUCAGCGUCGUUGCCCGUUGCGUCGGAUAGAGGGGAGGACAGCUCUGCUGCGACUUCGCCGCGCGAUGCGGAAUUGUUGAUGGCUGACGCCAACGAUACACCGUCAGAGGGACGCAGAUACUUUCUGUGUAGGCCCGCGCAACAUGAAGGUCACCACGGGCAACCGUGA